AUGCAGCAGGAUAACUGCUCCAAUACUUCUCAAUUCAGCGAGGCUCUUCCAAUAUACAAAGCCAGCAGUGCUGUGCUGAGCCUGUGCUUCGUUCUGGGGGUUCCUGGUAACGUAUCAGUGAUGGUGAUGCUCGUCCGUCGCUUGAAGGAGAAGAACUUCACCCUCAGACUGAUGCUGAGUCUGGCGAUGUCGGAUCUGCUGACGCUCCUGCCGCUGCCGAUGUGGAUCUGGACUCUUCUUCAUGACUGGAUCUUCGGAUUUGUUGCGUGCAAGAUCAUCUCGUACGUUGAGUAUUGGUGCCUCUACAGUAGUAUGCUGUGCGUGACUUUACUGAGUUUGCAGAGGUACAUGCAGGUGCUGCAUCCUCAAAAGUGGGCUAAACUUGGAGAUAAAGGACAGAAGGGUCUUCUGGGUGGGAUCUGGAUCCUGAGUGGAGUGUUGGCUUCAUAUGCUCCCGUCCAGCGUCAAUCAGGAUGUGACCAAUAUGGAUUCAAGUACUGUUAUCAACGGUUUAGCAGCGACGCAGAGCAAGUAGCCACUUCAUUAUACGAGGUACUUCUUUUCUCGAUGUGUUUCACCCUGCUGGUUUACUUCUACUAUCGUCUUCACCGAGGGGUUAACGAGUCGCCCUUCUUCAGCAGCAACAGGAUGACGAAGCUGGUGACGAGAAUCGUUGUGACAUACUUCGUCUUCGGUGUGCCGGUCACUAUUGCGAACGCAAUAAUUGCAGUUGCAGUGCUGCUAAAGAACGACCAGCUCUCCGUAACUGCAGAUCUUGUUGGAAAAAUAUCUACAGCUCUAAUAUUCCUGAACAGCGCCGUGAACCCUUUUCUGUACACGUUCGCUCUGAGACGAAUACAUCGUCGAGGUACGGUCACAGACUUUGCUCAGACAGUGCAAAAUAGUAUGUAACUUGAACUUAAAGGCUUCUUCUGAUAGACAGCACAAUUUUUGUCAAGGUGUUUGUCCUCAUUUUUUAUGAAAAUGUUUGGAUUGUUUCAGCUCUGCUUUGACAAUAAGUUAGCAGUGCAAGACACAACCUCUUGGACAAGCCAUUUUUUUUCAUGAUUGCAGAAAGGUUUGCUUCAUCUAGUUAUGACCUUCGUAGAGUCAGAAGUAAUAAUACUUCUUUAAACUUAUCUUAAAAUCAAAUCCCUGGGCUGUGAGCUGAUGUAUCAGAACCGAGUCGCUGUGAUUUCCUCCGAGUGCGCUGUGAUGCUACUCGGCAAUGCUGCAUUAGCAGCAGCUCCAAAAGAGGCAGUGGCUGACUUCACAUGUGUUGAUAACUUAAAUUAGCAGUGAGCUAGCCAACAUAGUAAUGUUACUGGGAAGAGAACUAAAGCUUGCAAUAAGCAAGCUAACCUUAGCAACAAUCUAGCUAAAAUAGUAAUGUUACUGGGGAGAGAAUUACUGUUAGCAAUGAGCUAGCUAACCUUAGCAACAAUCUAGCUAAAAUAGUAAUGUUACUGGGGAGAGAAUUACUGUUAGCAAUGAGCUAGCUAACCUUAGCAACAAUCUAGCUAAAAUAGUAAUGUUACUGGGGAGUGAAUUACUGUUAGCAAUGAGCUAGCUAACCUUAGCAACAAUCUAGCUAAAAUAGUAAUGUUACUGGGGAGAGAAUUACUGUUAGCAAUGAGCUAGCUAACCUUAGCAACAAUCUAGCUAAAAUAGUAAUGUUACUGGGGAGAGAAUUACUGUUAGCAAUGAGCUAGCUAACCUUAGCAACAAUCUAGCUAAAAUAGUAAUGUUACUGGGGAGAGAAUUACUGUUAGCAAUGAGCUAGCUAACCUUAGCAACAAUCUAGCUAAAAUAGUAAUGUUACU